AAAUGGAGUGUUUACUACAAAACCAAAGAAGAAUGGAGUGAAUAUGGAAAUCAAGCCUGCCUGGAGUGAAGCGCCCCAAAAUUUUCAAGUUACAGAGUUGGAGACAAAAACUGCUCAAAGGUCUCUGAAAGAACCGCAGCUCCUAACCAGUCAUUUGGAAACAACAGAAUACAGAGAGGAAUCCAUCUCAGCACCACCCACAGAGUCAUUACAGUUUGCUAGUUCUUCUGCAGUGACUAGCCGGAAGAGCUUAGCAAGCUCACAGACAGCAAGAAUCCAGAAGGAAUCAGAUUUCCUCAAAUGUACAUGCUGUUCUGUACCUCGCCCAUCCGACCCCUUUGCUCACUUCUGUCAGGAAUGUGGAUCUCCUAUCCCACCUGUGCCAGUACGUCGCUUCCCAGCCCCUGAAGGAGCACAGAUGGCACCAUGUCUCGAAUGCAGAUGUCUGGUGCCAAUGAAUACACCCACCUGCAUUAUAUGUGAAGCACCAAUAGCUCCACAGCUGCAGCCCCAAACCACCAUCUGCUUAAAGGGCAAAGUAAUUUGUCGGGCUUGUGGCACUGGAAAUCCUCUUCACCAUAAACACUGUGUGACCUGUGAAAGCAAACUGCCUGAAACCCAGACGCCCAUGUUUAGAGGAGACACUCCCCAACCUUUCCCCAACCAGCAAGGGAAGACAAUUGCCUGCUCAAAAUGCGGUCGUGUUAACCACUGCGAUACCAGUUUCUGUGACUGGUGUGGAGCCAAGUUUGGCCCUCUUCCGUGCUACUUUACUUGCUUCAAGUGUGGUACAACCAACCAACCCUAUGCUCGAUUCUGUGGGUCCUGUGGGGAGCCACAGGCAAGGGUGGAUACUCACAACAGCAUGCUUAUGCGUGCUGGGGACUCGGUCUCUUCUGAGGCUAAAGGAUUCCAAGCUGAAGCUGCCUGGCAGCCUCUUCCUAUUUCCUUGUCCAAAUCAAGAGUAGAUCUAAAUCAAAGAAAAGAUAAAGGAACUCAAACCAUUGGACUUUUUUACCCAUCCAGCAAACUGUUGAAGAAGAAGGAGCUUGAGAUGGUUUUGCAAAAAGAAAUGCUGGAAAAGAUGAGUGAUCAUAAGCCUCUGCUAACAGCCAUCAGUCCUGGAAGGGGUUACUGGAGAAAACAGCUGGAUCAUGUCUGUGCUCACCUUAGAAGUUAUGCACAGAACAACCUUGAAUUCAGAGCACUGAUUGGAGAACCUCGAAUGGGAAAGAUUACUUCCGCUACAGUUCAUGAGGAUGACUGCAAAGUCACUAUUACAUUAAAUUACGCUCUUGCUAUUAACAAGGAUACUCUUGCCAGUAAACCAGUGAAGUUUAGCACUGUGACAGAAGGCAGAGAUGGACAGGAUGGCAGUCAGGCUAAUUUUGCAGGUGAAGAGAAUCAUAAUCUUUCCCAUUCAAGAGGCAAGACAAAGCAUACAAAGUCAAGAAAACUUACAGAAAAAGAAGAUAAGCUCCCCCCAGAGUCCAGACAACUGUUGAAAGAACUGGGUCCAAACGAGGAAGGAAGAAUUGCUUUGGUAGAACAAUUGUUCGAUGGAGCACAACAAUACUGCUCUCCAUGAGGCAGUUUUGCUUGGAUCAGAACUUGAGGAGCGCAUUGAGGUCCUAUUACAGUAAGUCUGCAGCUG